AUGCACAGUCUACUGCGAGCAGCCCAGAUUGCACGGGUGGCACGUCCCGGUGUCAAGCGGGCCAUGACCCCCGCCGUGCGAUUCUACUCGGACAAAAAAACCGAGAAAUCCGACCAACCGUUCCAGAGCUCUUUGCUGAACGACGAUUUGCUGGCCCAGGCCGGUAUGGACGUUGAUGAGUCCAAGGGCAAGAGCAAGCCUGCUGCUGAGGGCAAGUCCGAGGGUGCUGCCGAGGGAGCUACUGAGGACGAUGUCACAGACGAGCAGCGAGCCCGAUGGGCCGGAACUGCCAAGAAGUCCACCGACCAGACCUCCAAGCAGGAGUCUCGAGAGCGAAUUGCCGGCUACGGAUACUACGCCUUCUUUGCUGGAUCAGCAGCUUUCGCCGCCUACCUGGCCCGAGACUGGGACAAUGAGGAGGACAAGAAGAAGCAUGAUACCAUUGGCCAGGGAUACACCCCCAUGCUCAUGUGGGCCCGUCUCAAGGCUCGAAUCGGAGACACCUUUUCCUUCUACCGAGACCCCGUGGCUCCCGUUCUUCUCCCCGAUCCCCCUGCUCCCCCGUACCAGCGACCUUUGACGCUUGUUAUUGCCCUCGACGAUCUGCUUGUCCACCAGGAGUGGAGCAGAGAGCAUGGCUGGCGAGUGGCAAAGCGACCUGGCGUUGACUACUUCCUGGGCUACCUCGGCCAGUACUAUGAGAUUGUUCUUUUCUCUUCUCAGUACAUGGCCAACUGCGAGAAGCUCAUCAUGAAGCUUGAUCCCUACCACGCCUGGUUCUCCCACGUUCUGACCCGAGAGCACACCACUUACGAGGACGGUAAGCUGGUCAAGGACCUGUCUCUGAUGAACCGAGAUAUGGGCAAGAUCAUCAUCAUCGACCCCGAUACCGGAUGCACCAUGAAGCAGCCCGAGAACUCCAUCCCCAUCGAGCCCUGGAAGGGAACUCCCGGCGACAAGGAGCUGGUCAAGUUGAUCCCCUUCCUGGAAUGGCUGGUGUCUCAGAACGUGAACGACGUUCGACCCAUUCUUAAGGCCUUUGAUGGCACCUAUCUGCCUGACGAGUUCACCCGACGAGAGGCCAUUGCCCGAGAAAAGUUCGAAAAGGACUGGUACGCCAAGCACGGAAAGGACGGCCAGUGGGCCUCCAAGUUCCUGGGUGUCUCCGAGCCCAAGCAGCAGAAGCCUCUGAUGCCCCACGACGUGAUGCGACGAGAGGGCCAGAAGCAGUACCAGAAGUUCCUGGAGUACCUGGCCGUUGAGGGCCCCAAGCUCAAGGCCGAGGAGGAGCGAAUGAUUGCUGAGCAGAAGGCUAUGGGACCUAAGAACCUGUCGGAGGCUGUCUCCAGCAUUGGUUCUCUACCUCCUGUGCCCCAGCAGCCCACUGAGCCCAAAGCUUAG